AUGAGCCUGUACACCCCUGAGCCUGACCUGUGCGACCACUGCUGUCGGUUCGGGCAUCAGAGCUGGAAGUGCAAGUCGGUGCCACUCUGCAGGUACUGUUCUGGGGGUCAUCCUUCCUCCCACUGCCUGGAGAAGAUACAUGCUGGCACCAGAGUCAUCCCGCUGUGUUGCAACUGUGGUGGCGACCACAAUGCCUCUUCGCGCUGCUGCCCUGCUCGGUCCAGGCCCAUCAGGGAGCCACAGACCCCUGGCACCACUAUUGGCCCCUCCAGGGUGAUUUUCCAGCCUGCCCCAGCUCUGCAACACAAUGCUUGGGCAAAUGGCGCCCCGUCCUGGUCCAACUUCCCUGCUCUGCCUCUGCCAGCCGCCCAGCCAUCAGCAUUUCCGCCCCUGCCUGGCACAGCUGCCCCAGCCCAGUCUGGGGCGGCUCACUCUCCUGUCCCUGCCAUACGGCUACCUGUCCCUGUGCCACCCAGGACUGCCCCUUACUAUGCUGCUGUGGUAGGGGCUGAGGAUACAGCCCCCGCAUUGCAGGCUGGCGUGCCUGUGUUCCUCCAGGACAUGGUGCAGCUCCUGCUGGGAAUCCAGGCCGAGGUCAGGGACUUGCGUGUGAGGGUCACUGCCUUGGAGCGACAGCAGGACGCAGCGAGCCCUCCACCCCAGCCAGUGCCCACCCCUGUCCAGCCAGCAUCCCAACCUGCCCGUAAGAACCAGCCCCAGAGUGUGGCGGCCAGGCCCCGGCCCCAACCAGUGUCUGCUACUGUCCAGCCAUGGCCCCCUGAAGAGAUGGCUGCACUCAUGGGGGGGACAAUGGGGUGGCGCAUCAGGUCAAGUAGGUAA